UUCAGCUGAAGUUUGAUUCGUGUCACUGCACCGAGUUUCUCUCUUCUGCUGAAACACAGCAGCGGCCGGGAGAGGAGGACAGAUCCUGCUCUCUCUCUCUCUCUUUCUCUCUUUCUCUCUCUCUCUGCUCACUCGAACAAACUUGCAGUGGAUUAUCUGGGAGAUAUUUUUGGAAUUGUGUCCUUUUUUACGCCUGUCUGGAAGAAGAGCGCUCUGGAUUAAUCGCUAGAAUCUUAGAGGAUCUUUGUUCUCAGUUCUGCCUCGCUCUCAGUCAUGGAUUUCUGCACUGGGUUCUUUUUCUCAGAGCUUUCUCAUCUCCAGUGCCAGAAUGAAGGAAUGGAAAUCCAGGGGAAAAUGCCCCAGGCCCCCCAGACUUCUUCAGCGUCUCCAUCCAGGUGAUCUGAGUCAGAUCUGAGCUCAGUUGGUAAUUCCUGGGCAGCGGAGUUGGCCAUGUGGUUCGUUACAGACGUCUAAUCUCAUCUAAUCGAUCAAGAGGAGCACCCCUAAAACAGCUGAUCAGGGGCAGGCAGGAUGGUCCCACCCCCUCCUACCAACAAGCCGCACGUGUGCCUCUCCACCAUCAUCAUCAUGAGCAGCAUGGCACUGAUGGACGCCUACUUGGUGGAGCAGAACCACGGCCCACGGAAGGUGGGCAUCUGCAUCAUGGUGACGGUGGGGGACCUGUGCUUCAUGAUAGUGCUGCGCUACGUGGCCGUGUGGGUGGGAGCUGAGGUACGGACAGCGAAAAGAGGCUACGCAAUGAUCCUCUGGUUCCUGUACAUCUUCGUUCUGGAGAUUAAGGUGUACUUUGUGUACCAGAACUACAAGGCAGACCGCAAGAGUCUGGAUGCUUUGGCUCGGAAGGCUUUGACCUUGCUUUUGUCUGUCUGCAUCCCUGUCCUGUUCGUCAUCCUGGUGGCCAUUGACCACAUGGAGUAUGUGAGGGCUUUUAAGAAAAAGGAGGAAAUCAGAAACCGCCUCUUCUGGGUGGUGGUGGACCUGCUGGAUGUCCUAGACAUCCAGGCCAACCUGUGGGAGCCACAGAAGAAGGGUCUGCCGCUUUGGGCAGAAGGGUUGAUGUUCUUCUAUUGCUACAUCUUGCUGCUGGUCUUGCCGUGCGUGUCUCUGAGCGAGAUCAGCAUGCAGGGAGUCAACAUCAGCCCCCACAAGAUGAUGCUGUACCCCAUCCUCAGCCUGGUCACCAUCAACGUUGUCACGCUCUUCAUACGCGGGGGGAACAUGCUCCUUUACAAAGACAACAGGGUGUCUGGGAUUCUGAUGGGAAAGAACAUCCUGGCCAUCAUUCUGAAGACAUGCAGCUUUGUACAGUAUCAGAGACAGCUCCAGAGCGCCCCUCCAUCUUUUGGAAUGGAACUGCAGAAAAACUCGGUGCCCCCGAGCAGAGCCACUAACACACAACCGAUAACACAGACCCAAGAGCAGCCGCCACUGCCUGAACUCACAACAUGUGAACACACAUGACAAACAAACACACACACACAAACACACACAGGAACUACUGGACUAGUAAAAAUGGGCAUGUUUUAGAAAAUGUGUGCUUUUUGGAGAUUUUUGAUUCUGAUGAAGAGUAAAAUGACAGGGUUAGGACUGUGUUGCUGCUGCUGGGAUGGGAACCCAACAGCCAGAGAAAUCUUCUGACCAUGAAAGAGAAUUCACUAACUAAACAGUAAAAGUAUUUUAGUUAGUAUUUAGAUAUCUGAAUGUCAUAUCAGUGCCAAAAUUGUGGAAAAACUCAAUAAGUGUGUCACAGGUUCAAAUCUCGGACGAGCCCCCACUUACAGUAUACAGAAAGCAUUGGAUCUGGCUCUUAACAUUAAUGGUACCACUAAACCUGGUUGUGAAGAAAGUGUGCAUCUAUACACAGGACUGCCUUUAGGGUCAAUAUAAAGUACUAUUGCUGUCCUCUCUCACAAAGAGUCCUGCAUUUUGCACUGAAUGCUGCUGAACAUCAGGUAGCCCUGUGGUGGCGCCAUCUUUUGCUCUGGUUAAGCAGCUUGACGAGCUUUUUUUUAUGGUCACAAGCAAAACUCAUCAUCUAAUAUAUCCAGUCUACUUACCAGCAAAGAGCAAAGGGUAUGCUUUCUGCCGGAUGACCAGCUCUUCAAUUACUUUGACCAGCUUAGACCAGUGGUUCCCAAACCUAGUCUUUGAGGAUUCCUGACAAAACUUAUCUGGUUUUAGGUGGCUUCUCCCAACACACCACUUUAUCAGGAAAGGAGGAAGUGUUGAUGAGCUGAUUAAGUUAACAAGAAACAGGAUCCUCCAAGAUCAUUGUUGGGAACCAUUGGUUUGGGGCAUUUUCACACUUGUAAAGAUGACAAGGGUUGAUCCUGGGUUUGUUUUCAUAGGGGAUCGCAAAUGCUUCAGUUGUUAUUUUACUUGGAUAAAAACACUCAGCAGUGAGCAGUGAAAAACAGAGCCUUUGGUGUCUAUGACAUUCCACCAUGCAGGAGCUCAUUCAAACCAACAGCUGUUUUGGUAUAAGAAGAUUUUUGUCCAUGCAGGCCAGAUCGAGAUGAUCAUUUAUCACCUUGCUGUGAGUACCUGCACUCACACUUAUUACAGCUUAAUACAGUACCCUCACUCCUGUGUCAUAUCACAGUGUGAGCUUUAUUAGGAUAUUCUGAUGGAAAGGGAGGUAACGCCAUAUGUUGACCCUACACGCAGCACUGGGAGCAGAUAGCUUCCAUACAUGCAGUGAACCAACAAAACCAAGCCCAGACCACCAAUUUAAUAAGAGCGGUCAAGUACUCUAAACCAAUCCCAGGAUUGAAAGCAGCUUACCAGCUUAAUCAACUGAACUCUACUGAACAUAAGGUCAAAAAUAAUAGUGUGAAAACGCCCUUAGUCUAUCUAAAACCAGCCUCCAGCACCUGCUGGUCUUGAGAUGAUUUGGAAAAAGUCUUAUCCAGCUUGUGCAGUAAACAGCUGUAGCUUGUAUGUAAGAAAGCACAGCUCUGAACCAGCCCUGGAGCCAGCUGCAUUUGUGUGAAAGUGCUAAAGGUGAACAAGUGAAUUAGACACUGUCUUUAAUGGAAAUAGUAGGAAUGUGUUCAAUCAGCAAGUUGAAGUUAAAAGUGAAGUUAAAGCAAAUUUUAUGACGUGUAUUUUGAUCAGAAUCGGUGAGCGGG